AUGGCCUUGAAGGUUCACCCUUUCUCACCACACAGAUCAGUUUUCUGUUGCCAGAAGCUUGUUGUGGUUCCAGCCGUAAAACAGAGGAAAACCAUGAGUCGCAGAAAUGGAAGUGGUCCAAAGCUUGACUUGAAGCUGAACCUGUCACCACCGAGGGUUGACCGGAGAAUGGAGUCACCCACACGAUCGGCGACGGUGUCGCCGACCUCACCGCCUAGCUCGUGCGUGUCCUCCGAGGACAACAACCCCCCAACAAACUCUGCUAGCCCUGAAGCUACUUCCAUGGCGCUUGUAGGUUGCCCUUGCUGCCUUCUGUAUGUGAUGGUCUCUGAGGAAGACCCCAAAUGCCCACAGUGCCGCAACACCGUUCUGCUCAAUUUCCUCCAUGAAUACAACAACGAUGGAACCCCCAAAAACCCAACCAACAAGAGGAGCUAG